AAAAAAAAAUGAUAGAGGAUAAACUAAUUAUUAUCAAAAUUUUAUAAUUCAAAAUCAUUAGUUAUCAUAUAUAUAUUAGCCGUAUUAGGCAAUUCCUCAAUUUUUAUUUAAGAAAAAAAAAGUAAAUAUCAUUAAUAAUUGUGGUGAUGACACGUGACUAUCUCAAAUGUUGUAAUGUUUCUCUUUUAAUAUAUAGAGGGGUAUCGUUUCAUUAAAAAAUUAGGAAUAAUAUCUUGUGCAAUCUAAAAUAUUUUGGAAAGAUUUAUAAUAUCUAAGAAAGUAAAUGAGAGAUAAGCUUAAAAAGUUGAGUAAAUUAGAUUUCAGUCAUUAGAUCAUUUGUAUCACGCAGAAUCUGUAAUUCUUGAUGUUUUCCUUUGCUCUUAGAAUAAAUACAGAGAUUUUAUUUCCAAAACAAAACAAACUCUUUGGUCCAAGAAAAAAAACACCAUUUCGGAAUCUACUGUCUCCGCCAUGAACGUCUCGGUUCUAACCAUUUCUCCGCCUGUUAUGGGAAGCUCAUUGCCGAUCCCUGAUGACCUAGUUUUCGAGAUAUUCUCGAGGUUGCCGUCAAAGGCGAUAGCUAGAUGUCGUUGCGUAUCCAAGCUCUUGGCGUCCAUGCUUCGCAGUCAUUAUUUCACAGAGUUGUUUUUAACCAAAUCUUGUGCUCGCCCUCAGCUUCUAUUCGCCUUCGAAGAUGACAGUGAGGUUGUGUUUUUCUCGUCGCCUCAGCCUGAAAAUCCAGAAGAGAACUCGUAUGUUUUAGCUGCCAAUCAACUUGCACGUAUCCCAAGUUCCUAUGGAUUAUCUGCUCCUACCAGUGGCUUCUUCUGUUAUAAAGUUGAACAGACCUUUGAAGGGAUGAAAGUUCCAGAGUUUGUACCGGUGAUAUGUAACCCCAGCACGGGACAGUCCUUGACCUUACCAAGAUUGAAGCCGACGAUGAGACAGGGAGCGCAUAGCCAUCUUGGAUAUGACCCCGUUUCUAAAGAAUUCAAGGUGUUGUCAAUGGAAACCUCGUUUGUAAGUGGUGAGUGGAUCUCUUUGAAACACCAAGUUCUGACAUUAGGAACUGAGAAAUUGUCAUGGAGGUUGGUCGAAUGUUCCAUCCCACAUUGUCCUUCUACUAAGUGGAUAUGUAUAAAUGGUGUUCUUUAUUACACAGCUACAGCAGGCUACUGGUCUUCCAUGGUAGUUUGUUUUGAUUUUAAGUCUGAGAAGUUCAGCUUUGUUAAUUUUAUGGAAGCUUCCGGUAAAGAAAUGCAUGGUUCAACAACUCUGAUCAACUACAAUGGGAAACUAGGUUUGCUUAUGUCUGAAGAUACUGGUUAUGAUUAUAUUUGUGGAGCAAGUAAAAGUCUUGAGCUGUGGGUUCUACGAGAUGCUGGAAAAAAUGAGUGGUCCGAGCAUGUAUACGUAUUACCGCCUUCGUGGGAGGAUGUAGUUUCGGCCAUGAGCAUUUCUGGAAUGGUUGGUACAAAUGAAAUCGUAUUGGCCCCUUUGUUCCGAAACGUGCCUCCCUAUGUCAUCUACUACAAUGUGGAGAGAAAGACGAUCACAAAAGUUGGAAUCCAAGUAAUGGAAGCGCUUCAGGGUAAGAGAUUUUACACCUUUCUCAACUAUGUUGAGGAUGUGAAGUUUCUUUAAGUAAGAGAUGUGUACGUAGUUCUCUGAUCGUCUUUGUAAGAGAUCAUAGAGAUAGGUACAAAAUAAAGAAAGUUGAAGGAAGAGCUAUAGAUGAUGAUGCUAUCCAAACUUGAGAUUUUUAUUGUUAGAUGAUGAUGCUAUCCAAACUUGAGAUUUUUAUUGUUGUUAUCUAAGCUCUUCCAAGUUAACUUUAAACUUUAAAGCACCUAGUCAAUUAAGACCGGGAAUUCAAACCUUGCUUCUUAGUUCAUAUUUCUUGGAUUUUUUCUGGUUUUAUAAAUUAAGGCCGGACAAAAAAAUCCAAAUCCGAAGAACCAAAUUGAUAAAUGGUGCGAAAAUGUAGUAUUGGACCCAAUCCAAAAUUGGUUAAAUAUCUGAAUGGGUUCAAAAUUUUGGUAUGUAGAGAUCCAGAACCGAAUCGGUCCCAAACUCAAAUAUUUUGGGUACCUAAAUGUAUCUGAAAUAUAUUAUAUAUUUAAAUAUACUAAUUAUUUUAGAUUUAAUAUACAUAAAAUCUAAAAUAUAGAAAAUAUUAUGAAAAUUAUCCAAAAACUUAAAAAUAUAUACAAGUAGUCAAAACUAGAUGCAUAAAAUAGUUAAACAAUAAUCAAAUUAAACACCAAAAAUACUAGAAAUAUCUAUUGACUCUUUAAACCAAACCAAUUUAUAUGUUAAGUUUUAUGUAUUUUAGCAUACAAUGUUCAAAUGUAUAUGUAAUAUAUCAUUUAAUUUUUUAGAUUUUGGAAAUUUAAAGUAUGUAUGAAUUUUUAAAUUUUAUUAAAAACUAGAGGUUGGCCCGCCCUACGGGCGGGAAUUUGUAUUUUUUAUAUAAUAAUAUAUUAAUUUAUGAAGCAUUUAAAAACAGUAUAGACUAAAAAUAACAUUAUAAAUGAACAAAUAAUGAGAUAUAUUAUUUUUUUGCUAAAUUUAUAUUGUUAUUUUAAUAUACAUUUUUGGUUAUAUUCGUUAGUUAUUUUAGCGAUAUAUUUAUUUCUAUUUUUAGUUCUUUUGUUUGGUUAUAUUUGUGAAUUAUAAAUUCAAGGGAUCGCUUUUUGUCAAAUAAAUGGGUCAUAAUUGAUAUUUUAUUGAAGGUGAUUUCUAUCAUAUGUAUCCAUAACAGUACAGUUGUCCAUGGUGAACAAAGUUACAUGCUUGCAAAUUUAGGCUAUGAUGGGGGACGUAUAAUGUUGAUGUGAAGGGUGGCACUAUUUUUUAUUUACUUAUGAUUGUUUUCCUCACCUUUUUAUUACUGUUAAAACGAUUUCGCUAAUCUUUUUCAUUCCAAGGUAUUUUUUUUGUGUUAGAUGAAUUAAACAAAUAUUUUCCUUACUCAGUUAAUUAAUGAUUAAAUACUAUUUGUUUUCCAAACAAAAAAGAAGAAGAAGUAUCGUUGAAACAAAAUGAAUAUACGCACGCUUGGUUCAAAAUAAUCAAAGAAAUUGCAAUCAUCAAACUGGCAAUUAGCAGAAUUUUUCGCAUUCAACAUAAUCAUGAUCUCUAAUCUAAUUACACUGGGACAUAUUUGUUGUCAUAAAUAAUUUUUUGUAACAUAACCAUCAAAAAUCUAAAACAAAAAAAUGUAUUUGUUACAAAAAAUAUAGUUUACCACACUAAAUCAUUUUACCAUUUUCUCUAUAUCUUAAAUCAUUUUACCAUUAUUUCUAUAUCUUAAAAAACUUUGAUGUGAUUUUAUUUGCAAAUACUUAUUAAUGGAUCGACUUGUGCUGGGAUUUUUCUGUAAGAUUUCAAUUCAUGAUAUUUUCCAUGAUAUAUAUAAUUAUUUAAUGUUUUAAAAAAAACGCCAUUUAAAUAUAUUUGAGAAGAGAUAAAUCCAAAUCAGCCUUCUUCAUCAAAAGAGUUUUGGAAAAAGAGGUUAGUUUUUUUUUGGGGUUCUUUAAUCACAAUUCACAGCUAACUUAUAAUGCUGUAUUAGAGAGAUAUAUUUCAUUGUGUUCAUCUAUUAGUAAUCAUUUUAAGAGAUUUGUAGUACUGAGAGAUCCUUUGUAAAGAGAAUAAAGUACUAUGUCUACUAUGUGCUCCAAAAAAAGUACUAUGUUUGCUAUACUUUUGCUCUCUCUAGCUUGUGUUUAGUUUGUUUGAGCUUAGUUGAGUCAUUAUUUCUGCUUCUAGGACUCCAAAUCAAUACCAAAGUAGCGAUUUUUAUAUCUCCGUACGGCGUUGACGGGUUCUUGAUGGGUUUAUGUUAAACUCGUGGGGUUAAUUGUAGGAUUUAAAUUCAAGGGAGAGCCUCGAAUAAGAUAAACAGAUACACUCAUCAGCCUGAAAAUGUGAAAGCAAUCCGUGUAUUUGAAUACAUUCAGCCGAGUUGCAUCAGUCUCCAAUUAAACGUAGAAGUAGGUAGGACCUGUGAAAGCAACGUUUGCCAUAAUACGUUGAAUGCUCUUGUAGCAGUUUCAAAAAAAAAAAAAAAUCUUCACCGUAAGCAGUAUUGAUACCCAUCACUUCACCAACAACAUCUAUAAAACGGAAAGAGCUGAGGAACUCAAACGAAGUUCCAGAAAAGUUCAACUAAAAGGUUGGUGUCUCUAGUUCCUCUUUAUCAGACACUGAUUAUAAAGUCUCGUAGACCUGGCUGCAUCAAUGUUUUAACCCAGAGUUCUUUCGUUUAUGUGAAAUGAAAAUAUUGUUGAUUAAUGUAGACAUAAACGAAAGAGAAACAUUUAGAUUUGCUAUGGUAUAAGUUUUGUGUAAGGACCGGUUCAGUCUAUAAGCACCAAUUGAUCCUUGGACCAGCGUAGACUGCAAAAUAUUAAGUUGAUUUUAAAUUCCCAGCUUUCGAGAGAUGAAGCAGAAAUAUGGAACAAAUACAGCUAAUGAACUUGAUUAAUGGUUACCUUCUCACCGAGGAAGACGUGAGCUCUCGUCCUUUCUUUACAUUCCUAGCCUCCCAAACCGCAGAAGACGUGUAACAACUGCAUUCUUGCCGUUCCUGGAUGGUAUUCUUCUAGGGUUUUUAGGCUACUAUGAUUUGAAGAAGAUUUGUGAUUUCUCAUGAGCACUUUCAUGACAAAUAUAUAGUAGCAUCCGUUGAUGUGGGAGGUGAGAAGUCGGCAUUGAAGAACAGAUAGUGGGGUUAAUUGAUUGCACCCAUCAUCAAUAGGAGUUAUUCCGUCAACAGAAUGAAGGGGAUCAGAUUCGAGGAGGGCUACACAGAGCAGAGAAGAACUCUGAUCUGCACAUUGUUGGUGGGCUUUAAAUUUUAGUUUUUCUGGGUUUAGAUUAUUUGAAAGGCCUAAUAUUAGAUUUUUUAGUUCAAUACUUAAUGUGUUCCAAAGAAAAAAAGUUUGAUACUUAACAAUUAUUAAAGAGAGCAUGACAGGUGUCAACAAAUGCUCUAUGCAAAGAGAUGAGGUGGCUUCAUGAGGAGAGACUAAACCCAACUUUAUUGUAUAAGAUAGUUUAAACGGGUAUCCAAACUCACAAAGAUCCAAACAAAACCUGAACCAAAAUUUAUAAAUAGCGAACCAGAACGCGUAUCCAAACUUCCAUGUAAAGAGAAUUUAUGUAUAAGUUAUUUUUUUUUGAAAAAUAUAUGAAUAGAAGACGGACACAAAACUUUAAUCUUUUGUCCACCAAAGUGCUAGACAGAGGAAGAUAGAACGAACAAACAAACAACACAAAAACGUCUAUCAGAAUGGUUCACAAUGUAUUAGAGGCACAAUACAAAUGCAAACUAACUGAUUCAAAGGAAUCACACUUGUGUUAAAUGAGCCACCAAAUUCUAAUAAGCCAAUUGAUUCAAAGGUAUCACAUUUGUGUAAAAUGAGCCACCAGAUUCAAAUAAACUAACUAAUUCAAAGGUAUCACACUUGUGGUAAAUGAGCCACCAGAUACUAAAGAGCAUCACUAGUGAAGAUAAAGAGUACCUUCCCAUUAUUAUUAUAUUACUAUUUUAAAGUAAUUUAUAAUGUGAUUUAGUAAUUAGUACUUAACCAGCAUGAUGUCAAUCAUAUCAAUACCAAAAAAAGCAGAUGAGACUCCAAGAAGUCAAAUAC